GAGAAAAAGAAGUCCGAACCAGUCCUACUUGUUUCAGCACUGAGGUUGUGCUGCGCCAAACUUCCACUAAGAAAUGUGUGACAAGUGCCGAACCGGCUCAAACAGCAGGUAGGUGCGACCUGAAAGAAACGGAGCCGCGUCAUAUGAUCAUGUGAUGAGUUCCGGUCACUUCGGCAGAAAAAGUUCAGCCGCCUGUGGACUAUAAGAACAGAUCCAGGAUGUCCCUGCAGCUAUGGUGCCUGUCCUUCCGGCAGCCGUACGCCGGUCUGGUUCUGAACGGGGUGAAGACCGUGGAGAGCCGCUGGAGGCCCCUGUUGGCCCCCCUGGAGAACCAGACCCUGGCGGUCCAUGUGGCCUGGCGAGACUGGGAGGGGGACGAGUGGCGGUCCGUGCUGAGUGGCCCGUUGGGGAUGAGCAAGGUCCAGAUCCAGGAUCUGCUGAACUCGGGGGAACGGUUUGGCCGUGGUGUGGUGGCAGGACUGGUGGACGUGGGUGGGACCUGGCUCUGCCCCGCCUCUCCGGAGGAGGAGGAGCUUCAUGAUCUGGAGCGGUCGGCUGUUCUGAUUGGUCUGCAGGACAAACACCUGACUCACCUGUCCAACCCCCGCUGGCUGAAGGAGCCGCUAAAAACCCGAGGAGCUCGAGACCUUUGGACUGUGGAGAUCCCCGCUGAGCUGUUACCAUGACGACAAGCGGUCCUGAGGACGCGUUUCCAUGGCAACAUGCGUUGUAAAGCCCCCUCUGCCUAGAUGAUACUUCAAGGUCCCCAGGUGACACUGUUUCCAUACUGCCUUCCCAUGAAGUCUUCUUUGGACCCUGAUGACUAAGCUUCAGAGGAAUUAACAAAGUCCAUGCUCAUUCAUUUUUCUCCUCC